AUGGAUGCGAGCCACAUUAAGGAUGUGAAACUUUCAGCCGAAGUGGAACCGUUCAUCCCGCAGAAGAAAGGUCUCGAAGGAACCCUGGUCAGCAUGAGUCUGUCUGGAGAGCCGGGAGGUGGAGGUGGAGGAGGAGGCAAUGGAGGGGUGGAAACUACUCCUAUACCGAGCUAUCUCAUCACCUGCUACCCUUUUGUCCAGGAGAACCAACCAAACAGGCAGCAUCAAAUGUACAAUGCAGGGGAGCUGCGCUGGCAGCAGCCUAACCCUGGCCCCGGUGGUCCCUACCUGGCCUACCCAAUCAUGUCCUCCCCUCAGCCACCUGUGUCCAAUGACUAUACCUACUACCAGAUUAUGCCUGCUCCGUGCCCUCCUGUAAUGGGCUUCUAUCAGCCAUUUCCUGCCACGUAUGCAGGCCCAGUGCAGCCCGGAGUUGUCAACCAGGUUUCGGCAGAUGUUAGCGAAAGGCUUCUGCCUCAUGGGCCGGCGUACAGCAUGGCCAAUCAAAGAGGGAGAGGAAUGGUCCGAUCUAAUCUCCCAAAGCAACAGUUAGGUGUUUGCCAGCCACCGAGGGGCCGUCGGCCUCCAAUCAGAAGUCCGGCCAUGCAAAAGGAACUGUGCCCCACGGUCCAUGAUAGCUGGAGUAAGAAAGUACUGGUGGACGCAGCUCAGCAGACGGAUUUCCCAGGUGAGGUGUCAGGCCGGGGUUUCGUAGAGACUGCAAGUCCACUGCCAUGGAAGAACCGAACAAAGAGGCAACAGGCAUCCAAUGCAGUUGAAAGCUACAGUGAUCAGGGUACUAGCGAAGCGGAUAUAGACAGUGACAGUGGAUACUGCAGCCCCAAACACAAACAAGCAACAGGAGUACCACAUCGAACUGCAGAGACGUCAGUGCCAUCCACCGGAGUUGAGACUGGUGUAAUGACAGGUACAUGGGUAAAUGUAACUUCACAGGCAACACAGAAGCCCUGGGGGGACAAGAACGGCCAUUUCUACAAAACGGACCACAGGAAGAACCCUGAACAGAAAAACUUCUCACAGGAUUUCCAUGGUGUCCUUCCAGGGCGUGGUCUUCCAAAUCACUCAGAACAAAGACAGCAGUCAGCACUGGUCGCACGUGAUGAGAUCACUCCAGAGCCCCUUUACUUUGAAGAUGAAGAUGAGUUUCCAGAUUUAGCCACUGGACAUGGUGUCCAACGCUGCGCGAAAGCAGAAGCCACUCCCACACAGACGCAAGCGCAGCCAAAACUACCUAGAAAUCUGAUAGAAAACAUAGCAGAAGACUCACCCAUCAGCAUUGUGCAGACCCCAAUCCGCAUUACCACAUCUGUUCCCAAGAGGGCAAAGAGCCAUCGAAAGAAAGCCCUGGCUGCUGCCAAGGCCACUGCUCAGGAAUAUUCGGAGAUUAGCAUGGAACAGCAGAAAUUACAGGAAGCCCUAAUUAAGGCAGCAGGCAAAAAGAGCAAAACCUCUGUUCCGUUGGAUUUAGGAGACAUGCUGGCAGCAUUAGCUAAACAGCAGCAGGCAUUGAAGGCCAAACAAAUCACAAAUACAAAGCCACUGGCUUUUACAGUGGGAACAACCACUCCGUUAUACAAUUCAGCUUCAACCAACUUGGCCGCCAUGUUGAAAGGUAACCCUCAACCACAAAUGGGCCCCCCUAACUCUCUGGAUUCGACUCCGCCCCGGAUGAAGCGAGGGAAGGAACGGGAGAUCCCCAAAGUCAAGCGGCCUACAGCUCUUAAGAAGAUUAUUCUUAAAGAAAGAGAAGGAAAAAAAGGUAAAGCAAGCAUGGAUCAAGAGUCAUCAGCCCAUGACGAGCAUGAGGGUGAUUGUUUACAUUUUACCGAAGAUCUUUCCCAGGAGCCUGCAUCUCAAGAAGAAAAUGGUCUGAGUGUGCCCAGUGAUGCGUCCCUCUCUCCAGCCAGUCAGAACUCUCCAUACAGCAUCACGCCUGUAUCCCAGGGCUCUCCUUCAAGUUCAGGCAUUGGGAGUCCCAUGGCUUCAAACGCAAUUACAAUAAUCCACAGUAGACGUUUCAGAGAGUACUGUAACCAAGUACUGAGCAAGGAGAUUGAUGAGAGCGUGACACUGCUGCUACAGGAGUUGGUUCGUUUCCAAGAACACGUCCACCAGAAGGACCCCAUUAAGGCCAAGUCCAAACGACGCCUUGUCAUGGGCCUCCGAGAGGUCACAAAACACAUGAAACUGUGUAAUUUAAAGUGUGUCAUCAUCUCUCCAAACUGUGAAAAGAUCCAAGCCAAAGGUGGUUUGGAUGAAGCUCUGUACAAUGUCAUUUCUAUGGCCAGAGAGCAGGAGAUCCCAUUUGUGUUUGCUUUGGGUAGAAAGGCGCUCGGACGCUGCGUCAACAAACUUGUGUCUGUUAGUGUUGUUGGCAUCAUAAACUAUUCUGGAGCAGAGGGUCUAUUUGAGCACCUAGUGUCGCUAACAGAAGAGGCAACAAAGGCCUACAAGGAAAUGGUGUCAUCUCUGGAGCAGGAGCAAGCAGAGGAGGCUUUGAAACAUGUCAAGAAAGGCCCACACAUGGGACAUUCUCGCAACCACUCCGCGGCUUCCGCUACCUCCUUCUGCUCCGUUAUCUCUGAGCCCAUCUCGGAGGUCAAUGAGAAGGAGUAUGAGACCACAAACUGGCGAAGUAUGGUUGAAACUGUUGAUGCUCCAGAACCAGUUGAGGCCGAAAUAAGCGCCCCUUCGCCUUCUGUGGCCCCCCACAGAGACAAUGAGACUCUGUCGGCCUCCGCAAGCGCCGUCCCACAGAGAGCGACGCAGGCUCAUGGCGAGCGAGACGAGGUCCGUGCCGACGAUCGCCUGGAGCUGGCCUCUCAGCAGAGCACGGAGACUGGUUCGCUAGACGGCAGCUGCAGGGGCCCGUUGAACUCCUCCAUCACCUCUACCACCUCCACCCUGGUGCCCGGAAUGCUAGAAGAGGCCGAGGAGGAGGACGAAGAAGAAGAGGACUACACGCCUGAGCCUAUUUCUGUGGAGGUGCCCACCCUCAACAGCCGUAUCGAAUCGUGGGUGUCCAAAACCCUUGAGAUGCAGCUGGGAAAGAGCCAGGACAGUACAGAGGAGGAGGAAGAGGAGGAGGAGGAAGAAGAGGAGGAAGAAGAAGAGAGAGCACAGAGCGAGGAGGAAGAAGGCCUCGUUUCAGAUGGUGUCACAGAUACUAAGGUGGAGGACAAAAUAGAAGAGGUGGAGGCCAAGGAGGUCACGGCCUGA